GAGUUGUUUAUCUAUGGUCAAGAUUUCAGUUUUGAAAUUGUCUAUUAAUGGUAUGGUUUUUUGUAAGUUUUAAUUUAUAAACGAGUUAUCCUUCGACGGCAGUAUUUGGAAAUUGAAUGCAAUAAACAACUAAAAAGGUUAUAUCGCUUUUCGUCAGUGAUUAAUUCCAUACAAAUAGGUUUAUUGUAUGCACAUGACAGGGUUGAUAUUACAUCCUUCAUCCACCCACUAAUAUUGCGAGAAUUUCCGAGCCACCCCCAGCAACCAGCACCGGUUUUAUACAUAUUUGUUGUAUCUGAUUUCUGGCAUAGAAAUAACUCUCAGCCAAUUUGAACAAUGAAAGCUCAAUUAUUAAGCAUGGUUUGCUCUCAAACCGUCCACAUUUCCAGCAGGAAUUAAAAUCUACACACAUUAAGUAACAAAGGAUGAAUUUGGAAAAGUUUUCAAAUUGGUUAGUUAAACAUCCCUAUGUGAUUUUGUCUACAAUUUCUGCAUUUUCUAUAACAUGUAUUGUAUUACCAUUUACCAUCAAAUCAAUGGAAUUUCCAAGUUUUCAGGAUCCUCAAUUGGGAUUUUCCACUAGAGGUACUUAUAUUUCGAAUCGUUUGACUGCAUGGGAAAAUUUACUCAAAAACACGAAGCCUUCAGGUCUAUUUGUGAAGAAUCCAAAAGAGUAUUUGAUGAUAAAGAAUUUUACAAACAAUGAAAUUCCUAUGGUAAUACCAAAGAAGCAUUUAAAGAGGAAGAAAGGGCAAGAACAAGUUGUUUAUGGAAAUGUAUAUACCACAGAAGAGAAAAAUAUGUCUGAAGUCAAUGGCAAUGCUAAUAUAUGGAAAGCUGUUCAAAACUUGACCUGGGGCCCAAUAAAGGGCCGCCACAGGCUUAAUAUUGAUAAUUUUUUUUGUGGACCUCCAGACCCAAAGUAUGCACAUUUUGUUAUAACGUCCAAAAAUAGUACUGAUUUAUUUACCCUAGACUUCUUGUUAUCGUUGUGCCGAUUGGAACAUAUUUUUACUGAAUUGAAGUACUACAACGAAUUUUGCAUUCAAAAUUUGCAAAAUAAUAGAUGUUGUAAGCCUUGGUCACUCCCAAAUUAUAUUGCCAUACUAAACCAAAAGACAUCAUGCUUGACACUCACAGAACAAGAUGUUACUGAAACGAAAAGGUUGUUGAUUAAAUGUGCACAUUACUUUCAUAAUCUUGAACUGAAUUCAAAUUGCUUCCAAAAAUCUGGUUGUGAUGCAUCCAUUGAGUGUAUGAGACAUGAUGCUGCUUUUAAUAUUAUGAACUUCUUAACUAGUACAAAUUUUUUACCACCUAAUGGAACUGAUGAAGAAAACGCAUUUCUAGCGGAAACAAUGAUUUUUUUGCCAUUAGCUUGCAGUUCGGGCAUUCUCUCGUAUUACCAUCAAGUGGAGAAACUUGAUUUGGAAUUUGAGGGUCUUUCGGUAGUAGCAAUGGAUUUUGGACUAAAAAACAGCUUGUUCCAUGAAUAUUUGAUAAGAGACACUUGGCUAAUAUUGUUCGGGAGUCUGUUCAUAUUUGUAAGCAUCUGGGUUUAUACAAGGUCCAUAUUUUUAACUGUCAUGACAAUAAUAGUGAUAGUUUUUUCACUUGCCGAUGCAUAUUUUUUAUACUUCGUUGCUUAUGAGAUAAAAUUUUUCCCCUUCAUGAAUGUAUUAACCAUCGUGGUUAUUAUAGGUAUUGGUGCUGACGACGCAUUUAUAUUUUGCAAAAUUUGGGAUGUUCAGAAAAAUGAUCAAAGGCAUCAGAACAGUAUAUUAAAAAUAAUGUCAUCCACUUUCCAUCACGCGUUUAUCUCCAUGCUUGUUACAGCAUUAACAACAGCGGUGGCAUUUUGGGGCUCUUAUGUCAGCUCUGUCACAGCUAUUAGUUGCUUUAGCAUUUUUGCAGGCACUACAGUUGUAAUUAAUUAUGUACUUAUGAUAACAUGGUUUCCUGCAUCUUUAGUUAUUUGGGAAAAAUCUUGGUUAUCAAAAAGUCAUAUCUAUAGGAGCUGCUUGACCAAAAUAUGUUGCUUUAAAUUUCAAGUGAAUCUUUUCGCCGGGUGGUUCCAAAAAUUAGGUAAUAUUUGGAAUGGCAAAAAACAGUUUUUCCUAGACGCAAUUAUAAAGCUGAGAUAUUUUUGGAUUGUAUUGUUGACGAUAGUCGCUCUCGCAGGUUUUGUAGUUGUUUUCAUUUUUCCAAAAUUAAAAGUGCCAAAUUCCACCGAGUUUCAACUAUUUGUCUCCGAACAUCCCUUUGAGAAGUACGAUUUUAUUUACAAAACGAAAUUUUGGUUCGGAAGAGGAGAAAGGGAAUCGGGAGUUGAUGCGUAUAAGAUGCCGAUGCGAUUUGUGUGGGGAGUUUUGCCGGUCGACAACGGAGAUCAUCUGAACCCUUCCGAUUUAGGUCAUUUAGUACUAGAUUCUUCGUUUGAUAUUGGCGCUUCGGAAUCACAAGAAUGGUUGAUGAAAUUUUGCGCGGAUUUACGGGAACAACCUUUUUAUCAGUCCGUUGUUGGACCAUUGCUACCGAAUUGCUUUAUCGAAACCUUCGCCAAAAGUAUGAAAAGAAAAUGCAUAGACCCUUUCACCUCCGAAGAUUUGACUCCUUGUUGUGAAGUAGUGGAUUUUCCAUUUAACAGGACGAUUUUUAAUCGGUGUAUCAUAGAAGAGAUGGCCGAUUUAUACGAGACACCGUCGAAAUUUUUACAUCCACAGACGGCGGGUCCGAAAUUUUCCAAAGACCAAAACCCGACAAUAAAAGCAGUAGUUGUCGAAUAUGACAGCAUUUACGAUUACUCCAUGUCUUAUGAACAAAUCGAUAAGUUCUUUGUUCAAGUUAAUGGGUGGAUGACGGAAGUGUUGACAACAGCUCCACGGGGUAUGAAAAAUGGUUUUUUUAUUAGCGAUUUAGAUUUUUACGAUUUGCAAAACGAAUUAAGCAGAGGAACUCAAAUGGCGAUCACUGUGUCGAUGGGACUUGCUCUCGCAGUAUUGUUCUUGUCCACAUUAAAUGUCAUUUCAAGUAUCUUGGCCAUAAUCGCGAUAACGUUCAGUAUUCUGGUCGUCAUGGCUAUUUUAGUGAUUUUCAAAUGGCGCUUAAACAUACUAGAGUCAACCGCCAUAUCCAGCGCUAUUGGACUUACAGUUGAUUUUAGUUUGCAUUAUUCGAUAAAUUAUAGAUUAUGUCCCGAGGAACUAGCUGUAAAUAGAGAAGCUGCCACCGGGUAUGCCCUAUCAAGAAUGAUGGGUCCUUCCUUAAUGGCAGCUUUAACUACAGCGGCUGCCGGUGGUUUCAUGAUGUUUUCCCAAAUUUUGCCAUACCUACAGAUAGGGUUGUUUUUGGUUCUUGUCAUGCUCGUUAGUUGGAUUUAUUCCACUUUUCUUCUGGGCGCUUUGUUUGCCCUUUUCGGCCCUACGAAAAAUCAGUGCCAGUACAGUUACACGAAAUUACUUUGUUGUCUUUUGGGUCACCCCAAUAAAACUGAAAGACGUAAUACUGUAGCCACAUCUAGCACUUCAGACAGUCACGAGUUAGACCAAUUGACUUAUAUUAAACACGACAAGCAUACGCCUAGAAGAUCGUUAAGUAUGGCAGGAACCGUUAAGUAUACCCCUAGCAGACAUACUUUUACCGACCAAUCGCCCUCGGCAACCAGUGCGAUUACCAUUAUAAUGGCGGAUGAUAACUAAGAAGGAUCUUAGGGAUGCGAAUAAAUGUCAUAGAUUACUUGGAAACUGUUGCUCAAGUUUGCACGAAGAUAAUGCCAAAUAUUUUCUAGUUAGUAAAACAAUAAGCCGUACAAAUUUUAGAAGAUAGCGGACAUUAUUUUUUUCUUUGCUCCUACUUAUUUCCAAAAAUAAACUGUUUUUGCAUUUUUUGUUUGAAAACUGAUUUAUUAUUAUCUCUUGUAAUUUUUAUAUGCUACGUAGAUAGGCCAUUCGAAAUACGCGGGGAAACAUAUCCUGCAGGACCCUUGAUUAAGCUUUUUUUUGCGUUAUUCGUUUUCGGUUCGUUCGAUAAAAAGUUACCGUUUGGUGGGGCGACACCAUUUCUCAGCAGGAUAAAAAUUAUAUGCACAAUUCGAAUACCUCUCGGCGGUGAAUAUUUUAGGGUCCUGUGAGUCGUGUAACCAAAUUCUAUCCUUUGCAGACUAUUCUUUUGGAAACUUCCUUAUGUUUUAUUGAGAGAAAUACACACAUUAGCGCUCUCGUUGCCCACAUCACCAUCACCUUCAAAUUUUUCAUUUCAGUCCAAUAUUCGUAAUAAAAAUGUAUCAACAUUCGCAUCUCUAAUAAUUUUUUUGUACAUUUAGGACGAAAAAUUCUGUGAUAUUUUUUCAUUUAUGUUUAGGUUUUCCUUUCUUUUACAGAAUUUGUUUUUUUGUUAUUUAAAUAUUCAAAUAAAACCAAACAAUACUUCUGGCCUAAAUAUGCAACUAGUGUAGAAUUAUACCAAUUCAACACUGGUUUAUACAGAGCGGAAACUUGAUAUACCAGCGAACAAGUUGAAGAUUUGAACUGAGUCUUUAUUGAUACAGAGUAUAUUGCGACACUAUAUAAAUGUUUAAUAAUGUUAUAAUAAAAUUUAUAGAAAUAUGUUAUUGCGUGAUUGAAAAAAAAACAGAAAACAGACAUAUCGGAUGCAAAAGUUCGUAUAAUUGCCCAUUAAAAAAAAACAUCCCUCAGUUCGCAAAAUGAUUUUCAUUUUAGAAUUGUCAAAAAUAAAUACAACCGAUACAUACAUAUUUAAUUCUCUAUUUAUUUGUCGCUAUCAGCGUAUGCUACAUUUAAAUUUUGUGUCAUAUUACAUUAUUACGACUGUUUUGUGGGGCACCUAUCCAAUUCCAAUGAAAAUGCUGUCUGGCAGCAAAAUUCAACAAGCAUAAUUUUCGAGUGUUUUGACCUCUAGUUGGCAUGAAGCGUUUCCCACCAUGUUAAGAGAAGGUAAUCAUCAGGUUUUCUAUAACCAUAUCAGUAUUGGAAAAUUGCCAAACGAGAGGUGAAAAUAUCUAAUGAAUGUUAGCUCUAUGUAAGAAAACAGUACUCUGUCCAGUAUGACAAGCAGAGCGAAAUAUAUUAAGUGUUUUAUACUGUAUAUUUUUUUAAAGAAAAGACAUACAGGUGUUUUAAAUAAAAACCUGUCCCAUAUUUCCUGUAGACCUGGCUAUUGCCAACUUGUUACUUUUAUAUUUAGGUUAGGAGGGAACCUAUAUAACUGGCUGUUGUACUUUACUUUGAACGUAAUUUUUGUAAGUUUUGCUAAUUCACACGCGGCAACUUCUUGUUGUACGCAUUACGUGAAAUGGCAGAUCCAGAAAUUAUUCUUUAAGCAAAGUAUAUUGUGAAUAAGUUAGUUUAGAAAUAUUAGACAGAAAAAAUAAAUCUACGACAAUAUACUAUUAAUAAUGGCUGUCAGUAUUCCUAAACGUUGUUAUUAUUUAAAAAAAAAUAUUUGUAUCAGCCAGCUUUAAGCUGUCAUGGGUUACAGUAUUAAUUAAACUACAAAAUAAUUGGUUACCGUUUCGAAUUCCCUUGUUUUGUAACUAAUUUAGAGUUGGUCAAACAUUACUAAAGCCUACGUCUUAAAAACAUUUUAUCCUGCAUCCGAUAACAAUUUUGUUUGUUUGUUUCCAAAUGAAACAAAAAUGCGAUUGCGGAAGAUCUAUUAAUUAUACACAAACGUAUUUUAUGUUUUGAUUGUAUUCAUUAUUUAUUGUUAUUGUUAAAUUGUCACCUGGUUGACCACCCUAUAUAAUAAAAAACAUAAAAUUUCAAAAAGUUCUGCAUAUAUUUGGGUAUAGUUCAUGCAUCGAAAUCCUAGUCUAAAUGCCCUUGUACUUUUGAAUUUUUUAGACAGGUAACUCUAAAUCGGUUACAUUUCAAAGGUCAGUAUAGAUAUUUGGUGUUAAUUGAAGGCUUCACUCCUGCUAUAAUAACUCAACAACUCCCUUUUUAUUUAUAAAAUAUAAUAAAUUGAAGCUUUCAACCAUAAAAUGUUCAAAGUUUUUGUUUUCGAUGUGACAAUGUCUUUCAGUAUUGUAAUUACUGAUAAGACGAUUGAAAUAAAGGUAUAGACUACAAAUGACGUUUUUAUUAAAUAGUUAAACCGUAACAUAUCCGGCAUAAAA